AUGUCGUCGCUAGUUCAUCGCUGGUUAUUUUUGUGUGGUAUAACAUUAUUUGUGUUUAACAAAGGUAAGUACUUUAUGGUAUUAGUAAACGGAGGGCUAUAUUAGGCCUGUUUUAUACGUCGAAUUUUGGUAGGGUCGAAUGGAAUUAAGACAAUAGAUAAUGAGAUUAUAAACCUCUUUAAUUAAGCUUCAUUAUCUAUUGUUUGAAUCGCAUUCGACGCGACAGAAAUUCGACGGAUAAAACAGACCUUACUCCAAUGAUCGUCGCACUCUUCCCGAAAUCCUGUCAAAUUUCGCGAAGUCCCUAAAAUCUUAAAUACGGAAACUACUGUAUAUGACUAAAAUAAAAUUCCUGAAAAUAAAAGAAUAUGAAACUAAAAUUAAUUGCUGAAAAUGAUUAAAAGUGUCUACAUCUCCUGCAAAAUCCCUUUCAAGAUCCCAGACGUCCCAUCACAAUCCAAACAUCGAGCGGAAAUGCCCUUUAAUUAACAUCCGCUGCAAAAAAUCCCCAAAUAGUUGAAAUCAGAAAACUUCUAGUCGUACGCUUUUUUCAGACUGAAUAAUAUGAGCGUAGAGGUAUGUUGUCUGUGUAGAAUGUAGAUAGGAAUAAGUGCUAUAUAGUUGAGGGUUACAGAAUCCAACUAUCUGAAGAAUUAUGUGUUAACAAUUUAAUCGACGUUUCGGGCGAAGGCCGUUCGUCUGACUUUCAGACAUACAUGCAAGUCAGCGGUAAUCAUUGAUGUUGAAUUGUCUAAGGUUGUAUCGCGAUUUGCCCUGUCUUUGUUUGUUAGAUCCAUCCAGUUUAUAAUUCUAAAUCAUACAUGUUUUUGGAGCGGGGGAUUUAAAUUAACUUAACCUGAAGUUCAGGCCCUAAUUUAAUAGGGGCUGAACUUCAGGUUAAAAUUAACUAUACCACACGAUAUUCCACGUAUGUUCAGUUUUUUUGGAUUGAUAAGUCAAACGCUUAAUGCGCAGUGUCAAUGUCAAAUGAAAAAUGUUUGGAUAGCUUUUCCCAGUACAUAAAAUGGGUCAUAUUUACUCUGGUUAUAUAACCUUUUAGCCAUUCUCAGAAUUCAUGUACUGAAAUCUCUGAUGUUUCAAAUGAAAGCCAAAAGUCCUUCAAGUCAUGACGUGAAUAUAUUAUAGAUUGAAUUACACUGUACUUGAACUUCUUGCAAAGCUACGGAAUAUGGGGUCUUAUUGAUUCCGGCAGUAUCUAUAAUAAGUCUGCUAAGGCUAUAAAUGAUGUCCGUAAUGCAAUAGAGAAUAGUAUAUACCGGAAAAUGUGCAACAUAAUAACCUAAGUAACUUUAAAUAAUGAAGAACGAAAUAUUCAGUUUGACUGCACGCAAGUCAAACAGUACUGCUAAUUAUCGCUUUCUUGCGAGUCAGCAACAUUUCGAUUUUUAAAUUAUUUAAAAUUAGCCAUUAGGAUAUACAGUAUAUCGUGUGACACACGUUUCCAGUAUAUAGCCUUACAUGUAUAUACUGCGAUUAGCCUAAGGCAUAUAGACCCUAGCUAUAAUGCGAUGAGCCUACGAUGAUAUUAUAUUUUUCUGAAACCGCUCGCCCUGCUCUUUUCCUGUUUAAAAUCAGCAUUUUCCCCUUAAGGUCCAGGUUAGGUUAAUAUAGGUUUAUGGUUUAGAGUUUAGGUUACAAAAAGAUGAGAUUGUGUUAGAGAAAGGGCCAAAAUAUAAUAAAAGACAAGACUAUCGCUGCGUGUGUUCUGAUCGCAGCGUAAUAUCACAAAAUAAGCAACCCUGAAAUAUAUACUGUGCAUGACCUCGUGCUUUUCUAUUUUCGUUCAACGUUGUUAUCGUGUGAUGAAUAUAGAUGAUGUUUACUCUAUUCAGGAAUCAGGACUUGAAUAACGUUCCCAAGCGGUUCCCGAUCAUGAUGAUCGGCAGCCAUGCUUAUUGACUUUCCCUGCUUUCAGAUCCAUUUCCCUGCCGUCGAUCACAUAAGCAAUUUCUUGCCUAUCUUUGAUCGGUGCUAUUUGUCCUGCUAUUUGAGAGUAAAGGUUUUGUUCCAAUACUGAGUUGACUCACCUGAAAAGAUUGUAGUCAAUUUACUCACAAGUUUUGAGUACUAGCCUAAGGAAACUGUUUGGUAGCCGACGGACUUUGAGUAAAUUUACACUUUGAGUAAAUUUACUCAUCACAUUUUUGUAGCUGGUGGUGUUUACUCGAUAUUUCUUACUCAAACAUUUACCGGUGUAAAAAUACUCAAACCAUGAGUGACCAGUACAUUCUACUCACAUUGAGUAGAUUCGCAUCUUUACUCAGCUUUGAGUAAAUCGAUCAGUUUGGAAAGCAUAUUAACUCAGUGUUAGAGUAAAACAUCGAUUCUAUACUCGAGAAUAACGAGUAAAUAUGAAGCAACUUACUCAAAUGAGUAAUUUUACCGAUUAUAGCUGCGUAAACGAUAGUGGUUUACUCAAAAUAUUUUACUCAGGUGUUUGAGUUUGAAGUUAUACUCAGCAUAUUCGAGUAAAAAUACUCUUAAACUGCAUGAGUAACAUUGCAUUUUACGCAAAUUUAUGUGUUAAAAUAACUCAGAGCGAAAAAUGGAUUUUUUGCAGUGAUAUAAUGAAACUUGCGAUGACCAACAGUGACAACAGUUGUUAUUGCGGCCAUAUUCUCGGUGACAAAAGUAUUUGAGAGGAAAAUGAAAAAGCAUAAAAAAAUAUCAUGCACAUCAUAUAGAUUUCCACACACAAGAAUUGUUAUAUAUAAAGACGAAAUUGUCGCGUUGUGUCUUUUUAAUGUUUAUUUUUUGUUUGUAGGUUGUCGUGGUUUUUUCCUCAGGCAUACUCAGUCUGGAAAGUGUAUCACAGGAUCGGAUAAGCGCGUGUUAAACGUUACUUCUGGGUUAUCUUAUUAUGUUGUAAUGACUGACAACUGCUUGAACGUUAGUGGACAGUUCCGUUAUCGAGAUAACGAAAUGUUACAACAUAUCGAAACAAAAGGAACUUUGGUAGCUCCCCCAGAUAAAAUGUAUCACAGCCGCUGGGCUGUAUAUAAAGGUGUAUCACCUAGUGGAGAAAGCUACCAAAGCAAUCCUGUACAUCGUUUAAAACAAACAGCUGCUGGAUCUUUACAAUUUUACCAAAAGGGCACCGUAUGUGCUGAGCCUUCAAAACCCUAUGUGUUGAGUAAAACAUAUUGUGACAAAUUAAAAGAACAGUUUACUUUCGGUAAGUGGAAUACGGUGACACCGUACAAUUUUGUGAAAAUUAAUGUCAAAAGAUGUAAGAAGAUGUCUUAAGUUAGGGGGCAUGGGUUAUGAUGUUUGUUAUAAACCCAAGAACAUGAACUCGUUAUCUAGGGGUAAAAAAUAGAAUAUCAAGGCAUGAAAUGCCAUUUAAUUCCAAUACUAGUGUCUUGAUCUCGUCAUCGGCUUUGGUGAUUUGAAUUAUAUAUAAUGGCAGCAAAUUGCAUUACCUGUAAAUUGGAAAGAGCUAGGUCACGCUUUUAAAAUAGAGCUAUAUAUGUCCAUCUGUGUAAGAUGUAGGGGACCAAACCAAACCUUGUAUACUCGCGGCUUAUAGCUUAGUACUUUAUAUCAUUAUAGCUAUAGUAAAAAGAGAAAUUAAAUAUCUACAGUUUUUCCAGCUGGAUUUGGAGAGGGAGAUUGAUAUUUUAUUGUUAACUCCGUUUUAGGUUCAGUGACCGACUACGGCGCCAAAAUGGAAAAUGUUCAUUGUUCUUCAAUGCAACGUAUGGCGAUCAAGGGAGCUGAUUAUGGAGAUUUCAAUAAUAAUGACGUGUUUGAUGGCAGUGCAAGCAUUGACGCAAAGUGUAGUCCACUUUCCAAUUGUCAGGUGAAAUCUCGUUGUGGUGGAAAGAAAUCUUGUGAACGGAUCAUGGGCAGUAAUUUACUACCAUCACCAUAUUGUCGUGAUAAUUUAAAAGAAAUUUACAUCGAGUACACUUGUGUGGAUAGCAAUAGCUCAAGCCUCGGCUCAAACAUAACUGCAGGUAAAGUCGUCGAUAUUCUUAAAUAUAGAAAUAUUCAACAGCAGCGGGAUGCUUCCUAGAGUAGUAAAUGUAAUAUUUUAUUAACCCAAUGGAAUACAAUAUACAAGCACCUUUGUGCAGCUUUGCUGUGUAAAGCCUUUGCUAAAGGCUUGGUAAGUAGAAGCAACCACGCAUGCUACAUAUACGCUGCCUAUAUAGUAAUUGAAAAUAAUAAAAAAGGCCGGCGUUCAAACCCAGCAGCCGGUUCAACAUCGUCCAAGAUCAUCCAUGCAUGCAUCCACUAUUUAUUAGAGGUGUGCAAAUCCGAUCCGAAUUCGAUCGGAUUCGUUCGGAUUUCGGAACAAAAAUAUUCAUUUCGGAUCGGAUAGACAAAGUUGUUUUGUAGUCGGAUCGGAUCGGACUUCAAUAUUCGAAAUAAAAUGAAUUAAUUAUCCACGACAACGCGGUUGUCGCUGCAUUAUUCGUUUGAUACUUCAAUUAGUCGUCACUUUGUCACCCUUGAAAUGUAUUUCUUGCUUUUAUUUUUAUUUGGUUAAAUAUUUCCACUUGAAUGAAAAAUUUAUUUUAUUAAAGGAUUCUUCGGAUCGGAUCGGAAUUCUUUAUCAAAACUUGGAUCGGAUCGGAUUCGGAUUAGACAAUUUCGGAUCGAAUCGGAUUUUAAACAUUAGCCAAUUGUCGGAUUAUAAACGUCCAAUCCGAUCCGCACCUCUACUAUUUGUAGAGAUUAGGUUUGACAUCAUUCAAAAUUUUCAUCUAAGAUCCUCCCAAACAUUGUUGUAACGACUUGAGCGAGCCAAUAUUUUUCGAUAUGUUUGUAAUAUUUUCCUUAACAAAUCUUCAAAAUUUAACAGUUUCGAAAAAAUAAAGCGCACUCUUUAAUUCUAAACUUUUCGUUUUAGCAACCAAGAUGAGAUUAACACAUUGGGCAAACGAAGGUUUCAUCGAAAUAAAGGACGGUUUAAUUUGGCGAAGAGUUAAAGAAGAACAUUGGGAUAAAAAUCGUCAGAAAAUGCUGUGUCAGCAUUUGGGAUUUAAAGAAAUGGACACGAAUGAUAUUAGUUCUAAUUUUCAGAUUGGGGCAGGACGUGAUAUUGCAACUGGGAGCUUGAUAUGUUAUAGCACACGACCAAGUGAAACGUCCUGUUGUAUCAAUCUUGUUCGCUCCACAAGCACUUCAAAUUCUAAGUUGACGUGGGCCAAAUGUGAGUAAAGAACAUAAAAUCGGCUGACAUAACUUAACUUUAUUGAGGUAUUGGUUUUCUCCAUGUGUUCUUGUUCCUCCCACACCUAACCGACCCCUUUCACCGUACUAGAACUAUACUUCGUGAUCAAACAUGAGCCAUAUGCAGGUGGUUCCCUUAGAGAACCUUCAACACGAUCAAGUUCAGCUGCUCUAUUCGCCCAGUUUAGCUCCGCGCUCAGCUGCAUGUAAUGAUUAGCACACCUCCACAUACUUACCUUCCUAAUUGUUAAGUAUAAUGUUGAAACGCUGUAGCACAAUAUGUAUCUGACUUGCAUAAACAUGGGAAGAUAAAUUGGUGAUUUUAGUUCGGGGAUUCCUUUCACGUACGUCACAAGUUGGGAUUAGUGUACAGAUUUAUGCAGCAGCCCAAUGCCAAGGCGGGCGUUAAUUUACUCAGUUUUACUCUUUUAACUGUAGGCAAGAUAUGCGAUAAACCGCUAUCUCUGAGUGACGUUGACACGUUUUCGCCAAACAAAGUAUUUUCUGGUAGUGGUGGCUCUAAAUAUUAUGGAAACGUGAGAUCUAACAGAGCUGGUUGGUGUGCUUCGGGUUCCACACCGUAUCUUUUGCUCGACCUUCAAAAAGAAUAUCACUUAACACAUGUUAUGGUUAUAGCUGAUAAAGAACAAACAAAGUGGAGUAACUCAUAUUCAAUGAAAUACAGUCGUGCUGAAACUUUGAUCGGUAGUAGAUUAAUGCAGGUAUCUGAAAUAGUAAUCUGUUAGAUUCGAUUUUGAAGGAAUAAAGCGAUGAUAAUUCGAAAGAAAUGAAUGUUUAAUGCGGAGUUGUUGAAUCCACAUUACGGAAUUCUCCUGAUUUGCAUAAACAUUUUGCAUUAACCUUGCUUUUCGCCAGCUAUAUAUAUAACAUUGAAAUGAAAUGAAAAGCUUUAAGAUAUUAAAUAUUUUGCAACAGCAAACUGGACAUUGUCGCACAUUAAAAAAUCCAUAAUUUGGUUUGUUUUCCGUUGCUACAAUUUAAUUAACGCAACGCAAUGUUUAAUUUACGAUAACUAUUUUUUCUUCUAGAUCACAGGAAACCAGAACGGAUACCAAGCAUCCAUUACGCAGCUUGAUAACGUUUAUAAUGCGAGAUAUAUAAAGAUCCAAUCCAAAGGAAACACGGACUUUUGUCUUAGAAUAGAACUGUGUGGAGAAGGUACUGUAGGUUACUAGUAUUAGUUUCUUUAAUCUUUGCCAACCAAGGUAACUUACUAGAAACUUUCCAUGACAGGAGGGCAACUUCCCAUAUUACUUUUUGGUCCAGGGAUGGCUGCGAGAGAGGGGGGGGGAGGUGAGGCAGGGGCCAGGCUUUCCCCACUAUUUCUUCUGAAAAGAUUUUCUUCCGCACUUUUUCCACAAAUGGCUUCGUUCACUCCAUGAAAAAUUUGUUCGCUUAAUCAGGAUAGUAAAUUAAUAAUUUCGAAAAGUAAUUUUGUACAGGACAGACAAAAAAUGACUUCUGUAUAGGACCAGGUGUUUAUCUUUCAUCUUGAUCGAAACAUCCUAUUGAAAGACGCUUGAUCCCCCACACACACACUUUCAAACACACUCGCUCCGCUGUCACUGUGGGACUAGUCUUGUUUAGGGCUAACUACUCUUAAACUGACGAUUUGUGGACACUAACACCAAGAUUUUACUUUGUGUAAAAAUUAGUAAAAGUGAGAAAGACCCCUUGGCAAGGUGAGGGUAUACGUAAGUUCAAUAUAUUUGUUGUUUCACACCCUUUUCGUACCAUGCCAAAACAGGAUUUUCCUAGCUUCUGCCUUAUUUUCGUGAUGUGAACACAAGUCACCAGUUUUUUUUUGUGAAGGGUAAAUCAGGAUAGCAAACAGUUUUGAAAAGUAAUCUUUCCACGAUCUGUCAUUGUCUACGGGAAAAGCAUGCAAAAAAUAACGCGUGUGUUUUCAUAUAAGCAAUAUAUGUUUUUCUGAGGACUGGAUCAAAACAUCAUGCCAAGUGAUGUAAUAAUAUAUGAACAACGAGAGCGAGUGUUUAACCGGGAUAUCAUUGUUUUCGAGUGUUUGGAUAUCCCCGUGAAACACGAGUUCGAGUUGUUUAUAUGGCUUCUCAAAUGAAUCGAGACGUAACAGAAUGUUUUCGUUUGCUGAUUUGAAUAGAAUUCUUAACCAAGCAUAGCGUAAUUAGGAAUUCUAUUCAAGUAAUUUUGCAUGCGUAAUUAAGAUAUUUGAUGAAAACACUAUUGACUUUCAUCAAGUUUCACCGGGUUAUCCAAAUGGCAUCUUGUGAUCAAAUAGGUGAUUAUCGUUGGCUGAAUUGCUCAUGAAUUAUUAAUGAAUUUGAGAAAUGUGAAUGAAAGUUGAUCAAAACACAUUCUAUUCUAAGAUUAGAAGAAUUCAUUAUUAGAAGACAGAUUUUCUAAGAUGGGAAACUUUUCUGAAACAAGAAAUCCAUCUGCGUAUAAGUACUAUUUAAAUUAAGACGCGAGCAGGAGUGUUGUAUCAGAUAUAAAACACUAGAGCGCAGCUCGAGUGUUUUAUAUCUGAUAAAGCACGGACUGCGAGUUAUUAGACGAGAAACUCGUCUUGGAUUUGCAUUAAGGAUUUUGGGAAAUUUCCGGUUUUAGGUUGUUUUCGUUCCAUAUUCAUCAUCUCAGACGGAAAUUCAUCAAACGAGCUUCUCGGAAAUCCAUUUUGUUAUAUGAAUUCAGCUAUUAGGUUAUAUUACACUUAUCCUGUGACAAAAUUAAAAAAUAUUGGUAUCGAUCCCUUAGCUUCUUUUCUCUCAAAUUGUUAAUCGAGGGUCCUGAAGGGGGGGGGGGGUGUGGUCCCAAUCCCAUUUCCCACCUGAAAUUUUGGCAAAAUCCCAGUCCCAGUUGGAUUUUUAUUACAAAUCCCAGUCCCAGUUACUGAAAUCCCAGUCAAUAAAAAACCCUUUAUUUAUCGGUAGAAUAAACAGUUUUAAGACCUUUUAAGCAAGUGGCGGACACUUUAUGAAAUAUUAGGAGGGGCUCGUGCCGAAGGCACGAAAAAUUUUUAAAUUUGAAUCCCGGAAAUGGUAUUUGCAGCAUUCUGAGACACGCAUAAUCAGAAAACCCAGAAUUCCGGGUGCCAAAGUAUGCCUGUUCGCAGGUAGUGCUGUGAAUAAUAUAGUUAACAACAAAAAUCAUGACCAAAGACACCAAAAACGGAUCAAAAAUGUAUUUUAAAAUACUCAAAAUGCAGAAAAAUUGGGAGUCGACUCGCAUUACCUCAAUCCCAUUCCCAUUUUUGAGGACUUCAUUUCCCAUUCCCAGUGGCCAAAUCCCAGUCCCAGCAACCCAAAUCCCAUUUUCCCAGGCUAAAAUUAGAUCAAUCCCAGUUCCUAUUUUACCCCUUCAGGGCCCUCUUCACGUUGUAAAUUUGACCUAUACUUAACUACCACCUCCGCAGGCCGUACAGCCGUAAUGAGUAUGCCCGUUCGCAGGUUGAAAUUUGAAAUUUGAGACGAAGGCUUGCGCAAUCUCGUUCCCAAGUGUAUGUGGGAACGAGAUUGAGGCUUGCGUAGUAUACUUAACAAAUCAAACGAUCCCAAAUUUUUGAACAUCUGUCAAAACCAAGCUGCAUCAAUAGCAUGUUUUAAUUUCUUACCAAACAUUCUGUUGUUUUCACAUUUAGUGCAAACUCCAGCUCCUGCAUACGAUAUUAACAUUACACCAUACAAAUAUGCAGCACGUGUGACGUGGAGAAUACGUACAAGAACUGAAGACUCCAGUUAUAUAACAAAGAUCAAUUUAUAUCUCAACAGUAGAAAAUACCAGACUAUAUCUCGAAGAACUAGUAUCAUUAUUAAAAGACUUGAACCGUUCACCCAGUAUAAAGUUGAAAUAGAGACUGAAGAUGGUUCUUCGGAGAAGAGCAAUAAAGUUUAUAAAGAUUUUUGGACUAAGAAAGCAGGUAAACGUAGCAAAUACGUUUGCUGAAACAAGUAUGUAUACCCGUAAUUCCUCUAUCAAAAAUUUGAACUCCCCUCUGAAAUCUGAGGUAUGCAUCUUCCUAUCUGAUGAGUCCUAAUUUUAUAAUACUGACAAUGAUAACAUUUUUCUGAUGUGUACGUACCACAAAAUGUUUUGAGAAAUAAAAGGGAUCACGAAGUUUGUUUUAUCAAUGUACGUUAAUUUUACGUCAGAAGCGUAGUUAGCUUGUAAAAGUUGGGGAGGGGGCCGGGGGGGGGGAGGAGGAGACUCCCACAAGGUGCAACCCACAAGGCGCCACCAUGCAUGGUUGGCGCGGAGCAUAAAACUUUUGAAAACUUGGAGUCACCAGAUCGUCGGAAAUGGCAUUUUCCGGGUAGGAUGUUAUCUAAAACUUUCGUUAAACUCUUUCAAAUUCUGUCAUUAUGAUUUGUAAGCUACAAAAUAUUUUACUUUGUAGUUUCUGACUGCGCUAGAUGAUAGCUAAUUGGGAAAGUAAAUACCGCUGCCUAACAAGCAAAAUAAAAUUUAAAGACCAAAACAUCAAAAGACAAAAAAUAAACAAAUAUUGAUAGACAAAGUUGUUAUGAUGUAUAGAAUAACAAUAAACAAUUGCUGAUACGUUAUUAAUAUGAUAUAAAUUUUACGGUUUCAAGUACUUCCAGUUUCGAGAAUUUCGCAGUAAUUUUUUAUUAUUUUUUAAAUCCAAUAUUUUUCUUUUUGGGGGGGGGGCGGCGAAAUCUAUCCCGGCCCUCGGCUUAUAAAAUAGCCCCCCCCCCCCACCCCUACGCCCCUGUUUUACGUGGAACAAUUCAUCUUGUAUAUACACUAUUAAAGAAUCCCCGUAAUUUUACAUGAAAAAGUACUGGCAGCUGGGACGCCAGAGCAUGUACAGUAAUUUUACAGAGACUAUUAUUAUAUAAUUACAGAUACUAUAUUUCUACCGUAAAUUUAUACUGUAAAAAGGAUGUUUCCAAACACAAUCUAUUGCACCGGAAUAUGCAAUUUCAGUAUAUUUUUUUCUUCUGUGUUGGUGUUUUUUCUUCUGUGAAUAUGAUGUUUGUGAUGUUAGUCUGAGUGUAUAUUCUCACCGUGCAAACUUGAAAAAUACGCCUGGCCACGGUGGGAAUCGAACCUACGACCUUUUGAAUACUAGCCCAAAGCUCUAGCAACUGACCUACGCGGUCAGGUCGGUUCGAGUAUAUGAUAUUUCGGAACUGAGUCUAUAUAAUCGAUAUGAAUGCAAUCUAGAAAUCAUGAUUUUUUUGUAAAAAUUAAUUAACAGUACAUUAUUCGGUAAAAAAACAGAUAUCUUUGACAGUUUACCUUACAACCACUUCUGAAGUUUACAUGCCAUUUGCAAUAUGUGAAUAUGGCGUACGAGUAGCGGACUUGGGAGGUGCUAAAAGAUCUAGAAGUUGCGAUUUUGCUAAAUACAUAGAAAUCCCUAAAGUUUUGUUUAACAGUGUGUGGACGUAUUCUUUGAAACUAUACUCCUCACUUCCAUGCAUGCACUACUUCGGUGAAUAACUUAAUUAUACUGUUAGCACUCCUGUAUGAUGAUCUGCAAGCUUUGCAAAAGUAAAUCAAAAUAGACUUGGUUUUUCAUAAACAUCAACAAAUUAUAAUUUAGACCUCACCCAUAGUCUGAGCUGACGUCAUGCCUAUGCUAAUAUAAUUAUAGUAUCUCAUUCUUAAUCCCUGUGAUAAACGGUUUAAAGCAUUCACUGUAUAACACAAUAUACCCAAACAUGUAAAAUGAUAUAAAUGGUUCUAGCUGGGGAUUUCUCUCUCAUUACAUAUUAUACGCCAUUUUCCUCUAUUUUCACUGUAGACAAACAUGUGAUAAACCUUUAGGCUUUACUGAAAGAUGCACAUGCAAUUUUCCAAACGAAGCAUUUUCGGGCAGUGGUGGUUCUAAAUAUUAUCAAUAUAUGCGAGGUUUUCUGGAAGCGCCUGGUGCACUUCGACGUCUUGCUCGUAUCUUUUGCUCGACUGACAUGGUUUUUGCUCGACUGACAAUUUUCGGUUUCAUUAAUACUAUACUAGCCCGAUAACGGCGAGACGUUAAUUUACUUUCUCUGUUUUAACUGUAGGUAUGAUAUGCGAUAAUCCGUUACUCAAUGACGCAGGAAACGAAGUAUUUUCUGGCAGAGGUGGUUCUACAUAUUAUCGAUAUGCGAGGUUUACUGGAAGUGGCUGGUGUGCUUCAGGUUUCGCACCUUAUCUUUUACUUGAUCUUCAAAAAGAAUAUCACAUAACACGGGUUGUGGUUAUGGGUAAUAAAGAUCAGACACAAUGGAGUGAGUCAUACUCAAUGAAAUACAGUCAUGAUAAAACUUUGGUGGAUACGAGUAGUGCGAUACAGGUAUAUUUGCUAUGAAAAUAACGAAAAGGUAUUUAUGGUUGUAAUAAAAACUUUGCUGAAAAGAAUGUAGGUAUAAAUAGCAAUUAACGUCAUUCUUAUUAAGCACUAUAUCAAACCCCAAAGUCUUUUACUUCAGGUUUAUUGAUUUAGCCGUAAUAUAUUUUUAUCAUGCAUGGUCCAGAAAAAACUAUAACCUGCAUGAUUUUCCAGUAAUGACUCUCGACCAAACAGACAAACUGAUAACGUUUUACUAGUUCUUCCUCUGAAAAGCCUUCGGCCAGGGAAGAUGGCGUUGGAAAACGUUUCGUAAGCGGUUGCCUUUCAACUGAUCAUUUCGCUCAUAAAAGUUGACAAGCUGUAAAACCGCCAUUUUUAAUUAUUUUUGGGAAGUUAACGACACCCUAGAGCAUGCAUACAGUUAACUUUAACUAGACGUUAACUACCGUUAACGCUAACUACUUUUUUAUACAACCGACUUAAUUAACUACUUGAUUAAAGUUAAUCACUAUUUAAGGUGACUCGAUACAGUUUUCAAAAAUCCAGGUGUUCAACACUUUGACAUGUUCAAACUACGAAUUUUUAGGAUUUAUUCAGCAGAUAUUGGGGUUUUUACAUAUUUUGAUAUCUCUACUUUCAAAUUAUAUUAGUUUUACUAACAGAUAGUUCGUUGCUAUGACGACAUACAUGUACGAAAUUUACUCCAAAAUGGCCUAUCGUCUCGUAUAGUUGAAAAAGAAGCAUGGUGACCCCCAAUUUUUUUUCGUGCACCACUUUACUUGGACGAAAAGCUAACAAUUUACAAAAUAUAAAAAAAUUCUGUAAUGCCAUUUUUUUGGAAAAUGCGAAAAUGUCGUAAUUAUUCUUUGGUAAAAUGUUUUUGGUAUUACAGAAUUUUUUAAUUUUUUGUAUAAUGAAAGUUUUUAGCGGUGCUAUACAUCAUGCAAAAUUUUAACAUAUAUAAGUCUGCAGAUAAAAUGGAGAGAUAUAGCGCAUUGCAUAUAGCGCAACCGCAAACUGGACAUACCGCAGGUCAAAAUAAAUCCAUAAUUUGGUUUGUUUUCCGUUGCUGCAGAUUCACGGUACUGGCGGAACACAACGUUUAAUUUACGAUAACUGUUUCUUCGCUAGAUCACAGGAAACCAGAACGGAUACCAAGCAUCCAUUACGCAGCUUAAUAGAGUUUAUAAUGCGAGAUAUAUAAAGAUCCAAUCCAAAAGAAACACGAACUUUUGUCUUAGAAUAGAACUGUGUGGGGAAG